AUGGAAAAGCUACCAAACGAUAAGCAGGUUCAGGGAAACAUCUCUCGGAAACAGUUCCCGCAGCCAACAAAUACCCUCCAGCCACACCGUAUGCCGGAAAUGCCCGAGAAGACAUUCCACAACCAAACUUAUGUUAACCAGUUUGCACAGAGCUAUUACCUACAAACACAUGGGUUGAUGCAUACCAACCAGAAGCUUUUUCAUGGUCACAUCUAUGGAAACCAGUUUUCCCAGAACUGUUACUUUCCAACCUACGAGACGAUGCAUGCAAUUGAGAAACCAGCUCAAAGCGUUCCCCCUACUUGUCCCAAGCAGUCUCCGCAGCCUGUCGUUGUGCCGAAUAAAGCGUUGCCCAGUGUGCCGAAGCCUCAGACGACGGCGCCGGCCGUCAAACCAUACCAGUGCGACACGUGUCCAAAGCAGUUCGCCCGUAGGAACACCCUGCAGCUGCACCAGCGGAUACACACAGGGGAAAAGCUGUUCCAGUGCAACUACUGUGAGAAACAGUUUGUGCACCGGGACAAGCUCCAGAUCCAUGAGAGGAUCCACACAGGAGAGAAACCGUUCCAUUGCGAAUUCUGCAACAAGCAGUUCUCGCGCAAGGACAAGCUGAAGAUCCAUCGGAGUACGCACACAGGGAUCCGACCUUACCACUGUCACUAUUGCGACAAGCAGUUUGUGCAGCGGGACAAGCUCAAAGUCCACGAGCGCAUUCACACUGGCGAGACGCCGUUUCAUUGUGAGUUCUGCUCCAAGCAGUUCUCCCGAGGUGACAAGCUGCAGCUCCAUCGGCGCACGCACACCGGGGAGAAGCUGUUCCAUUGCCACUACUGCGAGAAGCAGUUCGUCCACCGCGACAAGCUGCAGAUCCACGAGCGGAUCCACACUGGCGAGACGCCGUUUCAUUGUGAGUUCUGCCCCAAGCAGUUCUCGCGCAAAGACAAGCUGAAGAUCCACAAGAGCUCCCAUACAGGGGAGCGCCCGUACCAGUGCAAGUACUGCGAAAAGCAGUUCGUUGAAAAGGGCAAGAUGAAAAUCCACGAGCGACUGCACACGGGCGAGAAGCCGUUCCACUGUGAGUUCUGCUCUAAGCAGUUCUCACGUGGUGACAAGCUGCAACUGCAUCGGCGGACACACACGGGCGAGAAGCUCUUUCAGUGUAACUACUGUCCGAAACAGUUCGUGCAGAAGGACAAGCUGCAGAUUCACGAGAGGACGCACACGGGUGAGAAGCCGUUUCACUGCGAGAUCUGCGCCAAACAGUUUGCGCGCAAGGAUCGUCUCCAGAUUCACCGCAGGACACACACAGAUGAGAAACCGUUCCACUGUGAGAUCUGCUCUAAGAAGUUCGCCCAGAGGUACCACCUGAAGAUCCACAGACGGAUCCACACUGGCGAGAAACCGUUCCACUGCGACAUUUGCCCCAAGCAGUUCGCCCGCAAGGACAAGCUGCAGAUCCACACGCGCAGCCACACGGGGGAGAAGCCAUUCCACUGCGAUGUCUGCCGAGAGCAGUUUGUGCGGAAGGCACAACUGCAGGCACAUAAGAAAAUCCAUGGCGGAGCAAGCACCACUCCUGCCCCUGCUCCUGCUCCUGGAUCAGAGAAGCCAUUGAACUGUGAAAUGUGUAUGCAACAGUUCACUCAGAGGGAUGCACUCCAGAUGCACAGAAGGACGCAUGCUACUAAUGCACCCUCGCAGUGUGACCUUUGUCCGAAGCAGUUUGCCACCAUAGAGGAAAUGCAGAAUCAUAGAAGAGCGCAUAAAGCCGAUCCCCAUUUCUCACAAACCCUGUUUUGUUUGUUGCAUGAGCAAGUUUCUUCAUUAUUUUGUCAACUGCUUUCCUUUUGGGUUUUUCUUUUUUUUUUCUGUCCUUUCUCCUCUUCAUCUAAAGGAUAUCCUUUUAUUACUAACCCCCAUUCCCUGCAAAUCUCUGCUACUUUCUCAGCUUUACCUCCACCCUCUCUCUCUCCUGUCUCUCUGUCUCUCUCUCCUGUCUCUCUCUCUCUCUCUCCUGUCUCUCUCUCUCUCUCUCUCUCCUGUCUCUCUCUCUCUCUCUCUCCUCUCUCUCUCUCUCCUGUCUCUCUGUCUCUCUCUCCUGUCUCUCUGUCUCUCUCUCUCUCUCUCCUUCUGACAUUUCUUUAUUUUCUUUCCUUUUUCUUUUUAUUUUUUUUCCAUUUCUUUUUAUUUUCUUUCCUUUUUCUUUUUAUUUUCUUUCCUUUUUCUUUUUAUUUUCUUUCCUUUUUCUUUUUAUUUUCUUUCCUUUUUCUUUUUAUUUUCUUUCCUUUUUCUUUUUAUUUUUUUUUCCACAUUUAG